AGUGAGGAAUUGGGUGAUUUAGUUAAACAAUAUGAUGUUGACCUCGCAACGAGCAUUUACCUUCGCGGCAAUGUGCCAUAUAAAGUCAUUGGGUGAUGUACUUCGUGAGCAUAGCCCGACGAGAUCGAGUACUGGAAGUAGCAGUGGAGAGGAUCAAAAUUCCAGUAAAGUAGGACCAAAUGAAUGGGUUGAUUUUAAAUGAAAUGAAUUGACAUUUUUGACAAAUUUUUAGCUUUAAAUUUAUAUGAGAAAUUUAAAAAAUGAAUCACAGAUUUAAGAAUAAAUCGUUGAAGCUUGAUAGUGAAUGAUAUGUAGUAGACCCAAUAAAAAAAGAUUAAAAGGAUUGAGCAUAAACAAAAAAA